GUAUACUAUGCGCUUCUGUGAGUUGACCAUGAUUCAUAAAUCGGUCCUGCUUGCGCUUUUUACAUUCGCACUUGGCUAUGGCUUUGCUACCAAAAACGCUAAAGUCAAUCUUACUGCGUUUGAAUUUGAGUGCAACAAAAGCGUUCACUGUAUGUAUCCUGAUGCAUGCUGGAACUGCCCUCCAAAUAUCACGCUUGGUUACAUAAGAAAGCCCAUGUUCUACUACAACAUCAGCACUAAUACGUGCAUAGAAGAUAUAGGGGAGAGCCCCAGCUGCAACAGCUUCGAAGAUUAUGAUGAUUGCCUAUUCUAUUGCGGAUUGUACUAUUAUGAUGAAUACGUGGAAGUGGAUAGAAAAUAACGUUUAUCUGCACUUUUUAGAAUAAGUUUAGUAUCACCUCCGUAUAAUAAAAAAGUCUAAUAUAGCCU